UCAACCCGGCUGCGUGCAGUGUGUUGUUAAUAGUACCCCGUGCCGUGCAAGUGCAUCACAUGCAGGUCGGACGCAAAAUGUCUAAACAACAGGGAAAGUACGAGCUGCUGAAGGAGGACUCCAAUCUCAGGCGAAGACAUACCUACAUACAGGGAUGCUUGCUGGUGGCGCUUUGCGGUAUGUCUAGUGUGACGGUGUACGCAACAUGGUCCAUGAUUUACCGACAGAAUUUAAUCAUACCACCUACGCUUAUAGAUAUUUUUCCCCACUGGCGUAAUAGGAUUGCCCUGUACGAGGCAAAUUUACGCCAAACCAUUCAACAACUUAACACACAGCAGGAUAUGUCGAGUGAAAAGGGGUUGAAUGCUGCUCCCGGGCAGGAGCUCCAUGGGAACAGCAGGCUGAUUGGCGACGAUGCGCGAAAUUCAUAUGUCAGCAGCGGAGCGAUGUCGGCGGCGAACACAACGGGCUCCGGUGGGUACCGAUCGCACGCCACUGGCGAUCCAUUGCAAGCCCGCAUCAAGCAGCUGGACAACGAGCGUGUUCUGCCCUCCCGUUUCGGUAACUUCAUCUACUCGCAGGAAGCGACCAGUGGGCAGCCCGCUAGUCCGAAAAUCGUCUGCUAUUACACGACGCCUGAGCUCCGGCAUCCCGAGCUCCGGCAUCAGCUGAAUCCCGAGCGCAUCGAUCCGUUUCUUUGCACACACCUGCACAUUGGCGUGAUUAGCAUCGAAAACUGCACACUGAUGAUCGACGACAACGUGCGCACAGCGUUCAAUCGCACCAAGGCACUGAAGCGCGCGAACCCGGACCUCAAGAUCCUGACCUGGGUGGGCGGUGGUAGCGUUGGUGGUUUCACGGAGAUGGUGGAAAACCACGCGAACCGUAAGCGGUUCAUUCAGUCACUGAAGGCCACGCUCGAGCACUACCAUCUCGAUGGUGUUGACUUGGACUGGGAGUUUCCGGACAGUGGAGGCAAACGGCGGAUGCACUUUUCCCAGCUGCUGCACGAAAUACGGCGCGAGUACCAGCGCGAGCACCGAACGUACAUACUGAGCGUGGCGGUUGCGGCGCAAGGCACGUUGGCAUACAUGGCUUACGAUGUGGGAGAAAUCAACAGCUACGCCGAUUACGUGAACCUAAUGUCGUACGAUUUUCACUUCUACUCACCCGAUCUACCACAGACCGGUCUAAACGCUCCACUGUAUCGUCGUCCGAACGAGCGCUCACUGCUCGGAACGCUCAACAUCAACGAGUCGGUGAACUACUGGCUAUCUGCCGGGCUCGAUCGUAGCAAGGUAAUCGUCGGACUGCCAACCUACGGCCACACGUUCACGCUCGUUAAUCCGUUCAACACGCGCAUCGGAGCGCCUGCUUCCGGUUAUGGGCGCGUCGGUACGCUCGGCUACGCCAGCUACUCCGAGGUGUGCUGGUUCCUCCGGCACAACAUCUACGUAAUGCAGACGUAUGACGAAGAAAGCUGUUCCCCCUAUCUGCACGCUGGCACGGAGUGGAUCUCGUACGACGACGAGCGCAGCCUGGAGUGUAAAGCGAACUUCGUUCGGUCGAACGGGUUUGGCGGAGCGAUGAUCUUUUCGCUCAACACCGACGAUUUCGGCUCGUACUGCGCCAAGAAUGCCUUGUAUGUCGAUGCCGAGAGCGGCGAAGGGCGGUCGGAAAGUUUCCCGCUGGUGCGCAAGGUACGCUCGGUGUUAGAGGGCGCGCAGGGAACGGCGUCACAGCCGAACCAACGUGACAGCAGUGUGCGGUGAAUAUGUCACAUUCCGCAUGACAUUCCUCCUUUGCCCCAAUAAUCUAGUCAAGUGUGUUACUCGGCAGCAGGCCGCUUUCGGAAGCUUUAUUCAACCAUCACGAAAUGGAAUUGACGGAAUUGAACCGGGAAACAAUGCCUCGUAAGAACCCGUUUCCAGCCGUCGAAGCAGAAGCAGUGUAGAAGUGUAGGUGCCUCAUGACGUGUAGUUACAGGGGAAGCAAAACCGAGAGUCAACCAAUAGAAGUAGUACGAGUGUCUUCCAGCGCGAGAGUCGAAAUAAGACCAAUUGGGUCGGGGCAGCUUAAAGCAACGAUUUAUUCGGGUGGCUUACGAAUUCUCGUUGAGCCGCGAACGUCAAUUGAAUUAUGUUUCCUCGUUUCGUUAUUUUGUUUUUAAAUUCGUAAUUAGUCAAUUCUGGUGCAAUGAGCAAAAUCUCGCCACAUGAUUACGGUGUUGGUUGCACCGUAGGAAAAGGUUGCUCUACAGACAGAAGUGUUCUUGUUUAGUUUUUCGCAAACUUUUGUGGCAUCUCCAUUGCUUCGGAAUAUUCAAAACAUACGAAACAUUCCAUAGGUCCAUAGGAGUACCGGAUGGAUUCCGGAACCAUCAUGUACGUAGUGCGAAAUGAUUAAUAUCGUUAUACUGGCUCUGAAUAACGAAUAAAAAAAGGGUCUACGGAACGAGGGGAAAACACAACAUUGUGCCAAAAAUUUAUGAUUACCACUACAGCAUAACAAAAAUACAGAAACGCACCCAACGCAGCAACAGUAGUGACGCAAGCACACUCACACACACACACACACACACACACACACACACACAUACACUCGCCUCCAUAAGUUGUUAGUAGCGAAAGAUCCAAACAGUGCACACAGGAGGGCAUCAAUACGACACCUGUUUCCCCCAUUGCGGUAUUUAGUGCCUAAAGUAUUACCAACAUUGUGUUGGCACCUGGCAUGAAGAAAUUCAGAGGGGUUGCGUGUGUGCCCAGGUAUAUCAAAUGAAUAUAUGGUAUAUGGUGUAUGGUCACCAAACAAGCACACGUAUUCGAUAACUAAAAGCGCGCAUUCAAAACAUCACCUACAGACGACGGUGGACCGGUCAAAAAAUGCUAGAGGAUGGAGCGAUUCUUGUCCGGGCUUUCCAGAUUCGUUGAAAACAAUCAAAAACAUAUACGGUCCAGUUCGUUUAUCAAAGAUUAAAAAAAUAAGUAAGAAAACAUAAACGAUAUCCUUCGCCAUCACACGAUGAUCACAACUGCAUGGCAAUGGCAGUCAGUAACAGGUGUUUCUUUUAUUGUCUUUAACGAAUCUGGAUACCUCGGGGCCGAAAUUCUGCGUCUUCUAAAAGGGCACUACUUUUGGAUCUGUCCAUCCAAUGUGUUAACAUUAUAGGAAAUAUAGGAAAAGUGGUUGAAUUUUAAACAGAACUGUUGCUUAAAAGUUAUUGGAAAGUAAACAUUGCCGAUACUGUGUGUGUGUAUGUGUGUGAGUGUGUGUUGGUAAACCUAAAAAAACGAAGUAUUCAAAUAUCUUGCGGUAGUCGCUCCUGGAACGCCCUGUAGUCACGGAGGUCCGGAACGCUGUAUUUUUUCAAACUUGUCGGCCACUAAAACUAAUCAAAUCAGUGCAUUCCAAACAAACGUUUUCUGGUACGGUUGAUGAAACUGUUACAGCGUGCGAAACAGUAAGCAACUACUUUUUAUAGUAUUUGAUAGAAGGUGUAGAGUGUCGAACGAUGAGGUCCAGAAUGGGCAGAGGAACACUUACUGGCUGGCUCGGCCUGACGUCGUGUGAGGAAAGAGGAAGGAAACAAAAACCUAAACGCUUAACAAAACGCCUUCGUGUGAAGUCUGUAGAUUGAUCUUUUGCAUUGUAAGUAACUGA